AUGAAAGGGAGAUGCCUAGUGAAAGAGAAGAGCUUGAUGUGGUUGGUGAAGGCUCCUUUCCGUUGGUUGAUCAUGGCACGUGACGCAUACAUACGUAGCAUUACGUCAUGCUCCGGCGCCGGAAUCUUUUCAGGUGGCGGAUCUUCUGGUUUUGGUCAGUUCUCGGGAAACUUCCAAAUCUGUGAUCCGCCUAGCACCGCCCUUCCCCGGAGCUUUACCUUGACGUCGUCGAAGGCACGUGAUCGAGGCGGUCCGAUGACACGUGGCGGGCGAUCGGGGCCGUUGGAUCGCCGGAGGAACUAUAGAUGUGUUGUUUCGUUAGGACGAAUCGAUGAGGAGAUUUCUUGUGAAGAAGAAGAUUCUUUACUUGAUUAUGGUAAAUGUAAGAUACUUCACAAAUAG